AUGACGACUAUAAUUCGUAUUAUUCUUAUCUGUUUUAUAAUAUUUCCAUGUAAUAUUAAUGGUGAACGUCGUCGUUGUAUGAAUACAGGUGUUUUAUUUACGGAUAAAAUUGUUCAUUCACCAAUUAUUGUUUAUGGUGAACCAUUAGCAAAAGAAAUUUAUGUUGACACAGAUAUGGAAUUAUUAUUUAAUGUAACAUUUCGUGUAGAUUGUAUUUUUAAAGGACAAGAAGAUAUUGUAAAUCGAAUUAAUAUCACUGAAGCAGGAAUUAAAAUGAAUCGUAGUGCAUGUCAAUGGCUUGAUCCAGGAAAGUUUUAUGUUGUUUUUCUUGAAAAAUGUGAAUCAAAUAUGAAUGUAUAUUGUCCACUUGAUUUUCAAGAACGUAUAGUUGAUGAUAUGACAUAUGAAUUAUUAGAAAAAACAUGUCAUUUAACACGUAUUCCAUCUUUACAUUCAACUUCAAAUAAUUGUCCUAAUGUAUCAAUGACUGAAUUUUGUCCAAAUGAUGAAAUUGACGUUAAAAUCAUUCCGAAACAAAAACAAACUGAAUAUGUUCAACCAAUUAUAAAAACAUCAUUUAAUAAUGCUAAUCAGUUUUAUGUUCAACCAAAUGGAACAAUAUCGAAUGAUAAACCAUUAGUAGCACGAAUUGCUGAUAAUCCACAUGGUCAUGCUAGUUUAUCAACAUGUACUUCUCUUUGGAUUCUUAUUAUUGCUGUUAGUGCAACAAUAUUUUUUUGA